CCAAAUGUUUCGACAUCACCUCACCCGGCGUGAACGACAACGACCCAGCUAAAUGGUGCUUCGACACGGCAGCUAACGUUUGGGAUUUGCAUUUCCAAAAGGAAGAGAUAUCAAUUUAUCGUAUUGUGGAGCCAGACUGAACCACCAUGGCUCUGUACGAAUACGUCACUCAGGAGCAGCUUGCGGGCUUUGACAAAUACAAGUAUAGCGCAGUGGACUCCAACCCCCUGUCCAUCUACGUCAUGCACCCUUUCUGGAACUUUGUAGUGAAGUUUCUACCGACAUGGUUAGCUCCAAACCUCAUCACAUUUACAGGCUUCAUGUUUCUCGUGUUGAAUUUCCUCAUGUUGGCCUUCUACGACUUUGACUUCACCGCCUCUGCUGCAGGACAUGAACACGUGCCUAGUUGGGUCUGGGUUGCUGCUGGGAUCUUCAACUUCUUGGCCUACACACUCGAUGGUGUUGAUGGUAAACAGGCCCGUCGCACAAACUCCUCCACACCAUUAGGGGAGCUGUUUGACCACGGCCUGGACAGCUGGGCCUGUAUCUACUUUGUGGCCACCGUCUACUCCAUAUUUGGGUGUGGGGAAAGUGGUGUGGGUGUGGCCACACUGUAUUACAUCCUGUGGGUGGUGCUGUUCUCAUUCAUUCUCUCUCACUGGGAGAAAUAUAACACCGGCAUCUUGUUCCUGCCGUGGGGGUACGACAUCAGCCAAGUGACAAUCUCUCUCGUUUACUUGGUCACUGCUGUGGUCGGCGUGGAAACAUGGUACCAGCCAAUCCUGUGGCGUUUCCUGUAUAGAGACCUUUUCACAUUCAUGAUCAUUGCCUGUUCCUUCACUGUGACAUUACCCAUGAGCCUCUACAAUGUCCUGAAAGCUCAUCGCAGUAACACUCUGAAGCACAGCAGCCUGUAUGAAGCCUUCCUGCCCUUCCUCUCUCCCGUCCUCCUCUUCGUCCUGUCCACCACAUGGGUGGUCUUCUCCCCCAACAACAUACUCGAGCUGCAGCCCAGGGUCUUCUACCUCAUGGUGGGGACAGCCUUCGCCAAUGUCACGUGUAAGCUGAUUGUGUGUCAGAUGAGUAACACACGAUGCCAGCCGCUGACCUGGCUGUUGCUGCCAAUGGUGGCGGUGGUGUUACUAGCAGUGACCGGAGUGGUUGGCAACGAGACACUGCUGCUUCAUCUUUGGACGGCUGCUGUCAUACUAGCACACAUACACUACGGCGUAUCUGUGGUUCAACAGCUCAGCAGCCACUUCAAAAUCUUGGCCUUCUCCCUGAAGAAGCCCAACAGUGACUGACAGGAGGAGGAACGAAUCGGCUUGAAAGGAGCAGAGGUUUAGACUCCUCCACUUAUCGACACUUCACUCUCAUCACCACGGAAACCGCAUCCCCUCCCCCUCCAUCCCUGAGGACGCUGGUAGUGGACUGGACUGUCCCCAAACACGCACACACACAGACACACAUUUCUAACCAACAAACCAACUGAACUCUGGUCUCGGUGAUGGGGCUGGCCCAGGGGCCCUGGCUUCGUCAUUGGUGAUUGGCCAACUUGGUUGAGCCAACGAGGUGCAUUUGUUUCCUACGGAAAUGUGCUUCAGUCGUGAGGACAGGAGCCAUGAUGACACACAGACACACGAAUACAUUUUUCUGCUUUGGUGCAGAUGAGUUCUACCCUGUGGCUUUUAUUUCAAACAAACACAGCCACACACAAACUGACACACGUACACUCACAUAGUAUUAUGAAUGUAUAAUAUGCCUUGGGGAAACGCCAUUUAAGUUCGACCAUAUUGACAGGAAUGCCUCAAGUAUUGUGGUUUUAAGUUAACCAAACCUUUAAAUUCUGGCAUCUGAGUGAGGUGAGCGGGUCGUUCAUCUUUUAUCAUCAGAUGAAUUUCAUUUGGAAAUCUCAGUAAUGUAUGUUAAUAGUUAUAUAUAUACAUGUGUGUGUGUUUAUGGGUUUGGGGCAUUUUAUUUACUGAUUAGAAAGUAAAACAAAAAUUAAUCCCGUAAAACAUUGUAUACAUUUCCCUCUAAUGAAUUGUGAACUCUGCUUGAUGGUGGCAGCGGUCCGGAGUGAACAGAGUUGGAUUUUGACUAACCAGAGCAAGAAUUGAACAGGCUGACCUUCACUAACACCCCCCCCCACGCUGACCUGUCCGAGUGCCGGCCUCUCAGCUCUCCCUUCCCUCUGAGGUGUUGUGUCUUGAUGCUGAUUCGUUUUUUUUUUGUUUUUUUUUAUGCAUAUAGAGUAUGAUUUUGGUUGUGAGUUGCCAUGGCAGACAGGUUGUGGAAUAAGAUGCGGAGCGCUUGAAUGAAGAGUGUGUUCAAAAACCGUCAACGGAGCGGAUUCACUCUGAGGGAACAAGCCGCCCGCAAAGGACACCGCAGACGCCACAACACUGCCUGGCGUCACACUCUACUUGUAACACGCACACAUGUUAUCACACUUUUAUACUGUCUGUCAGAUAACUUGUGUGUAUGUUUUUUUUUUUUUUUUUUUUUUUUUUCAAUCUGUUAAACAAUGUUUGUCUGUGUGAUUCAACAUAAGUUUCCAUGAGAAGAUGGAUUCGGUGGUGGCUGCAGACUGGACUUUGUUACUGAUAAAAACUUGUUUUCACUGCCGGGCUGAAAAAACAUUUCACUCCUUAUCUGUCUUCUUAUUACAGUCGUAGUUUGGAGGAUAUUAAGUUAUUGUCUCUGUUUGAAAUUCCUCUUUGAACACUCUAAGGCCUUGCUGUUAAAUGGUCUUGUCUGCAAUUACCCAUUUCAAAAUCUCCAGUACACCUGUGGACAUCGGUUCCAGGUAUGCUCACGAGUUUCCUGACUCAAGCUUGGUGUGAUUGUAACAUGACAGAACAAGACAAUUUAACCCCGUUACGCCUGGUUUACAUGUCAUACAUCAGUCUACCUGUCAGCAAACGGGGAUCCAGUCAGUUCAACUAUUUGUCCAAUGUCUUUGAAACUUGUUCAAAUGAACCAGAAUGACUUGUUGGGAAAGCUUGAACUUGCUUUGUGAACAGCUAAAUCAAUUGGGAGUUGUAUUUGUCAGUCAUCUGACAGCAGAUAAAAGUCUGAAUGUGAAUCAUCUCAUAGACGGUAGGUCGUAACAAUAAAUGUGUGAAAAGGAAUUUGGGAUCGUUUUUACCAGAAGUCUGGAUGUUUAGCACUUAAACUGUUAUUGAGCAGCAGUGAACAGACCUCUAUAGGUCUACUAUGACAAUGUGAGAUCUAAAUCUACUGCCAUUAUAGCCCUAAAGAAGCUCAAUUUGGCUUGCAGUGCAUCAACCACUGGAUAAAGCUCGUCUGCAGUCCUGAGCACAUUGUAGUAGUUGAGAUGGAUUUGACAUGUUUGUGAUGAAGCCCCCACGUCUGUGACUCUGGAGACUGAGGAUAUUUGCGAUGUGAGAACAACUGUGAAAGAGAUUUAAAUGUAUUUGUGAAGAGUAUAUGCACUGAGUACGUGCAGAUCUGUGUGUACAAGUGUGUUGAUGUUUGGGUGAGUACUCUGUAUGUGUGCAUAUCUGUGUAAAUACAUGUAUUAUUUCUCUGAUAUUUUAUUUUCUUCUAAUUCAAAGUGGAUCUUUUUUUUACAGAACCCCUGAAGUCACAAAAAAUAGAUUUUUUUUUUUUUUUAAACCAAAUUUUUACUUUUUGGGACUACAGGGACUCUGCAGUUUUCCAUUAUUUCAGGUGGGGCAGAACUUUCUUGACCAGGAUGAUAUCAGCAGUUUUCUUAUUGCCUACAAAACUAUCUAGAUUACAGAUCAUGGGUCAGCAGGAAACUUUUUUCAACCUGUACUUAUAUCGGCAGCUUUGGCUGAUUGGAUCUUUUAUCUUUUUUUCCCGAAUAGUUUUGAAAGGGGGACAGGCUCUGGUGUUAAAAACUUCCAGUCCAAGAACAAACUCUACGCUGCUAAAUACAACAAAGGAUCUCAUUUCAUAUCAUGUUAGCUGGAUGAGAAAAUUGUGCCAUUCAAUUUUCCUAUACCUGUUAGAUGAAGUCCGUUUGUUUUGGACGGUUACAAAACAUUUCUGACCUGAUUUUCUGGUCAUUUUUUGUAGUGUGCUCCUCAGCUUCACUCACCUCUUUCUAGGAAACAGUCUUAAUCCCCCCUGGACCAAUGACCUGAGCUGUUCAGAUUGUAACAACGUUGUUGUUUAAGCAGCCCUGGGAAACAUACCAGGGCUUCAGUGUGGCUAUUUGUGAUGUUGUAUUUAACCAGUGAAGGACGGGACUGUCCAGAAACGAAUAAAACUGAAUUUUCCUAAACCA